CGCUUUGCUCGAGUUCGACGCAACCUCGCUGCGAAUUGGGACGACAACAAGAUCAGCCACCGCAGUGAGUACUCCGUGGAACGAUUGCUGGCAUUUCGCGACUACCAUCGACGCACCUCAACCACCCGCGUCAUCCUCGUUUGCGCCUUGACUCCACUCCCAGCCUUGCUAGUGGCACUUGCGGUGGACUGUAUCCCCUUAAAAUCCCCGUCCGAUGGGUGGAGAGCCUACUACACGCUCUGGAUACGGCAACUCAUUGCCAUGUUCUUCGAGUCGCACGGCGUGGUGUUGCAAGUGCGGGCUGUGAUCAUGACGGGAACCAUCUCUGACGUUGGAGCAGUCACUAUCGCUCUGGGGACCGCAACUUGCGGGGUGGCAGUCACUGUGGCAGUGGCUGCGACCUGGAAGUUCCCCAUCCCUUUCGGCUACGUGCUUCUGCUCAACGUGUACGUGCUGCUCUUCUCCAUCUGCAUGAUUUUCGUCAUCGGACCCCGCGUUUUAGCAAGCUCGCUGCUGCUGCGCCAGCAAAUCAAGGCCCAGCUGCUGAUUCUAGCGAACCAGGGCAUCGUGGCGGUG